UAGACAUGUACAAAUCUCAGCUUCUGGAGCUUCAUCAAAGACUACUAUAUGCUGAAGAAGAAAACAAAAAAAGAUCACAUGAACUGAGCAGUGCCCUAAGUGAAAUUAAACGUUUCGUUGCAAAAUCAAUGAACUCAACAACGAAUCAUACAGAUGAUGUGAAGUGGAAAGUAUUAAAUCUCACCAGAAAAUUUUCCGUGCAUCUUCAAAACAUGUACUGUUAUCUACCUCACCUUCGAGAAUAUGAGGAUUCCAUUUUUCCAAAUGUUGUCAUUGGGCAAGAGAGAACCGGAGUCUCGCUGGUCAUGGGUAUUCCUACUGUGAAAAGGGAAAAACAGAGUUAUCUGAUGAAUACACUGCAUUCCCUAUUAUAUGGACUUUCUGAAGAGCAGAAGAAUGACUGUGUAAUAAUCAUCUUUGUAGCAGAGGUGGAUAAAGAAUAUGUUAACAGUGUUGCAGCAAGUGUUAGGACCAGCUUCCCUAGUGAAGUCCAGUCUGGAGUCCUGGAAGUUAUUUCUCCUCCUGCUUAUUAUUAUCCAGAUCUUUCCAACCUGAAGAAAACAUUUGGGGAUUCAGAGGACAGAGUAAGGUGGAGAACGAAACAGAAUUUGGAUUAUAGCUUUUUAAUGCUAUAUGCCCAACCUAAGGGAACAUUUUAUUUACAGCUGGAAGAUGAUAUUAUAGCCAAAUCUGAGUAUUUUCAAGCUAUAAACAACUUCGCUGCUAAACAAUCCCAAGAGUGGAUGAUUCUUGAGUUCUCCCAACUAGGAUUUAUUGGGAAACUGUUUAAAUCAGAAGAUUUGCCGUUCAUUGUGGAUUUUUUUCUCAUGUUCCAUAAGGAUAAGCCCAUAGACUGGCUUCUAGAUCACCUCCUCUGGGUUAAAGUCUGCAAUCCAGAAAAGGAUGCAGUACACUGUGAAAAGGAAAAGGCCAAGUUACGUAUCCGUGCUAAGCCAUCUCUCUUUCAGCAUGUGGGAAUUCAUUCAUCAUUGUCUGGAAAGAUACAGAAUUUGAAAGAUAAAGAUUUUGGUAAAAAUGUGCUACAUAAAGCACACAAAAAUCCACCUGCAACACUGGAUACAAGCCUAAAAAUUUUUCAGCAGUAUACCUUGGAAAAAGUUUACGAAGGAAGAGACUGUUUUUGGGCUUUGGCGCCCGUGGCUGGGGAUUAUAUCAGCUUCAGCUUUUUGAAGCCACUAAAAGUAGAAAAGUACCUGUUUAGAAGUGGAAACAUGGAACACCCAGGUGAUAAACUGUUUGACACCACUGUGGAAGUAUUACCUGCUGAUGAAACGGUAAAAAAGGCACUGCUUGACAGUGGAAGUGCAUUCAACUACCCAGCAACCAAAGAUGGAUAUUUAAAGAUAGGUACUUUUGAAAAUGGAAUUUCAGAGGGCAGCAUCAGUCUGUCAGUAGGAAAAAUACAGGCUAUUCGUCUGUCAGUCAAUUCUGACUCUCCCGUAUGGGCAAUACUUAGUGAGGUGUUUAUCAAGACCUCUGAAAAAUGA